UCUUUAACCAUCUGCAUCCACGUACGGUUGGGCAGGCUGGAAUCAGGUCCCCUGAACGCUUAUUUCGUCCCACUCUCCUCUCCUCUCCUCUCCUCUCCUCCCCAUUCUUAUCCCCAUUGCCUUUCCAAGGUCCCUCCCAUCCUCCCCAUUCCUCUCAUCGGUCUCAUCCACCAUGGUAACCAGGGGCAGCGCUGUGACGGUCUUUGUUCUGCUUUCGAUGCUCUUGUUUUGUUGGGCUUUUCCGGUCUCGGCCGAUGGGGUGGUCCGGAUCCGGCUCAAGAAGAGGGCGUUGGACCCGAAUAGCCGGCUAGCGGCCCGGCUCGCGGACAGGGAGGAGGGGACGGCGCUGGCGGCCCGGAAAUAUGGGUAUUUUGAACCGGGGCCGGUCGGGCCGGUGGGACCGGGUAAGGAGGGAGACGUCAUCGCCCGCAAGAACUACAUGAACGCUCGGUACUUCGGCGAGAUCGGGCUCGGGUCGCCGCCGCAGAACUUCACGGUGAUCUUCGACACUGGUAGCUCCAACUUCUGGGUUCCGUCGUCCAAGUGCUACAUCUCGGUUGCUUGCUAUUUCCAUUCAGCGUACAAGUCCAGUCUAUUGAGCACCUAUCAGGAGAAUGGGACGUCUGCAUAUAUUCACUAUGGGACUGGAUCAGUAGCAGGUUUCUUAAGCCAAGACCAUGUUACAGUUGGUGACCUUACCAUCGAGAAUCAGGUUUUUAUCGAAGCCACUAGGGAGCCAAGUAUCACUUUCAUGGCGAGAAAAUUUGAUGGAAUACUUGGACUUGGAUUUAAAGCAAUCUCAGUUGGAAAUGUGGUGCCCAUAUGGGAUAACAUGGUCAGCCAGAGUCUUGUUAAAGAACCUGUUUUCUCAUUCUGGUUUAACCGGAAUACUGAGGAUGGGGAGGGAGGUGAAAUUGUGUUUGGAGGGACUGAUCCAAAGCAUUACAGGGGUGAACACACAUAUGUCCCUGUAACUCAGAAAGGCUACUGGCAGUUUGAAAUGGGAGAUGUCCUUGUUGGUGGUCAAACAACUGGAUUUUGUGCUGAAGGAUGUCAAGCAAUUGCAGAUUCUGGAACUUCUUUGAUUGCUGGUCCAACGGUCAUCAUUGCAGAGGUUAAUCAAAAAAUUGGAGCUGCUGGUGUUGUUAGCCAACAGUGCAAAGCAGUGGUCUCACAGUAUGGGGAAAAGAUUAUGGAAAUGCUGAUGGAAAAGGAAGAGCCCACAAAAAUUUGUUCUCGAAUUGGGCUGUGUGCCUUUGAUGGGACUCAUGGAGUUAGUAUGGGCAUCAAGAGUGUGGUGAAUGGCAGAAGAGACAGAUUUACUGGUGGUCUGGGAGAUGGUAUGUGCUCAUAUUGUGAGAUGGCAGUUGUAUGGAUGCAAAAUCAGUUUAUGCAGAGCCAGACAGUACAGCAGGUGCUGGACUACAUCAGCGAGCUAUGUGAACGACUGCCUAGCCCCAUGGGGGAAUCAGCUGUAGACUGUAGUAGCCUUGCAUCCAUGCCUGUUGUUUCUUUCACUAUUGGUGGUAAAAGAUUUGACCUGAAACCAGAGCAGUACAUUCUUAAAGUCGGUGAUGGAAGUUUAGCACAGUGCAUAAGUGGAUUUACAGCCUUGGAUGUACCUCAGGGUCCCCUUUGGAUAUUGGGUGAUGUCUUCAUGGGAGUGUAUCACACAGUUUUUGACUAUGGCCAGCUGAGAGUUGGAUUUGCUGAAGCAGCAUGGAGAUGAGGGGCUAACUGUCAUUUCAUAGAACUUGGUUUUAUGUGUCAUAAAAGCCAUCCCAUGCAUGUAAAUAUUCUGGUCUAGGAAAUGGUUUGUGAUUGAGACCUGCACUCGAACGUUUAUUUCCUUUGCCAACUGAUUGGUACUCGUGCAAAGCUCUGUAUUCCUGCACGCAUAUAUAUGGUAGGAAGUAUGUACAUCUUAGCCUUGUCUUUUGUUGAUUAUGGACUGUUUCUGGUGUGUCACUUCAUGGAGACUUUUCGAAGAGCUCUAACAUUCACUCAAUUGCUUGACGGU